AUUAGCGUGGACUUAACUAAGGAGGCUUGUUGUAGGGAAUAUUGUACUACUUACUCAUCAUGCACGUCCUCCAGGAAGAGUUUUAGUUGACAGGAACUUUUAAUUCUCCAGUCAGGAAGAAGAUAAGGGUCGAAGCAGCAGCACCACCACCAAUCAUUUGGGCAAGAUAUCCUUCCUAUUCCAAUAGGGAUCGGCACCCGAGUCUCCACAUACAUCAUCGUCCACAAGAGAAUGAUCGCGAGUGAAGAAAGGGACGUUGUCAGACAAAUCGAAGCCUAGAAGAAGAACAUGAUCGGGAGGUGCAUUUGUGAUUUUGUUUAUCUAGUACUCAAACAAAGCACAGCAUGGCCUUCAGCUUUAGUUUACGGCGAGUUCCAGUGGCGAACAUCUAUAUAACCCUCAGCAGGCUCACAGCAGGAAGCGACGCAUGAGGGAGGGGGAAGGGGGGAUAUUAUUAAGUCGAAUAAGAAGAAGAGAAAGAGACGAUGGGCAACAGCCUCAGGUGCUGCUUGGCUUGCAUUCUUCCCUGCGGCGCGCUGGACGUCAUCCGAAUCGUCCAUCUCGAUGGCCAAGUCGAGGAGUACAGCAGCCGCCAGGUCUCCGCCGGAGAAAUUCUAGCAGCCAACCCGGACCACAUCUUAAGCAAGCCGUGCUCUCAAGGCGUCACCACCAAGAUCUUGAUCGUGUCGCCGGACUCGGACCUGAAGAGGGGCCAUAUCUAUUUCCUGAUUCCAGAAUCAGCGCUCCCAGGAAAAGAGAGGAAGAAGAGGCACCAGAAAAGUGGCAGCACUGCUGUCGUCCAGGAAUUGGGCCAUGACAGCUGCCUGAGGCAGGUCCUUUCGGAAAAGAAGGUUCGGCACCGCCGGCGGAGGAGCGGCCAGGUGGGCGUCUGGAGGCCGCGUCUUGAGAGCAUAUCAGAGGACUGAAUGAACGAAGAACAAGACUUUGGCAUCCAAGUGUCGGUGGGUCGUAGAGGCUUCAUAGGGUGACAGUUUUUUUGGUGGUCUCUCAGUGCUGAUCGCGCGCUGACUUUUGGUUACUUGUUCCCAAUUUUCUUUUCUCUCUAUUUCCUAUGUAGAUAUAAUCGUUGCCACCUUUGAUUUUUUCCUGCCACUUGAUGAAAAAGAAAAAGUGGAAGGAAGCUGUGAAUCCUUUUGUAAUCUAUUCUUCAGAGAGAAAAAAGACA